AUGUCAUUGCCAGCAGCAUCGAAUAAAUUAUUAAAUGGUGAAAUAUCGGAAGAGAUUCGAAAUGAAAUUAAUCGCUUUGAAAGUGUACAUCCAUCUAUUUAUACCGUUUACGAUUUAAUUGAAUUAAUUAAUAAUGAAAAUUUACAAAAUCGUUUAAGGCAACAAGUUGUCUCUAUUGAAGAUGCAUUUGUAAACAGUCAAGAAUGGACGUUAAGUCGUUCAGUCAUUGAUUUGAAAUUGGGAAUAGUUGGAUCGUUGCAUAGUGGAAAGACAUCGCUUGUACAUCGUUAUUUAACAGGCGUUUGUACCAAUGAAGAAUCACCUGAAGGUGGUCGAUUCAAAAAAGAAGUUGUUAUUGAUGGUCAAAGUUAUUUGUUACUAAUUAGAGAUGAAGGUAACAGCCUUCCUGAUUAUCAGAGACAUUUAAUAAUGAUCUAUUGA